UGAUAAAUGUUUAGAGUGUCAGACUGUACAGUGAAGUCGUACCGAAUUUGAUGAAAACGAUCUGAAGUCCAAGGAAAAAACUGUUUUAUUGAUUUGUUGAUGGUUUGAGGAAGUCUGAUUUCAUCGAUAUGAGCGACAAAGCUACGAUCGACAUAAGUGGCUGUAAUAAUGGCCUUUGGCUAGUGAAGGUCCCGAAAUACAUUUCAGAACGAUGGGAAAAGGCAGACGAUUCAGGAGAAAUUGGCAAGAUCAAAGUGGGACAGCGAUUCGGCAAGCCCGAUAUCCACUUCUCCAUGAAGCGAGACCUGGCCAGUAUGAAGCUGAAAGAGGACGAUACUGGCAUGCCCACGGAGAAUAAGUUCCAAGUUCUCAGCGCCUCGGACAGAACUCUGAUGGUGUUUUCGGAAGAGGUUGAACAUGAAACGUCAGAACAAGGAGAAGCUUCAAAAGCAGAUUUGGCAAUCGAAGGCAAAGUGGCAUCCAGACUAGAGUGCAGGCCACUGGUCGAUGAUCGCUACAUGGAGAUGAAGAGGAAACACAUCGAGAACGCCCAGAAGCCAACCAGAAUGACCAAGUUGGAAGACAAAGUGGUGCAGUCUUUUAAGCCCAUCAUGAACCACACCCACAACGUUGAAUACGACAGACGGAAGAAAGAAGAAGGCAAAAAAGCCAGAAUGGAUAAGCACAAAGUUCAGGACAUUCUCUUUAACGCCUUUGAGAAGCAUCAGUACUACGCCUUCAAAGACCUCGUGCGACUCACGCAACAGCCAACGCCCUAUCUGAAGGAGAUCCUAAAAGAGAUCGGCAUCUACAACAUGCGGGCACCACACAAACAAAUGUGGGAGCUCAAGCCGGAGUACAGGCACUACACCGAGGCUGAAGAUAAAGAAAGCACUACGUAGUAGUCUGGUGCCUUGCUUGCCUACGAACAAUCGUGACUUG